CGUGGACUAGAGGGUGCUCCAGAAUGUCAUCGAGGCCAGAGUGGCUGAUUGGGCUGGCCCAGCGGGCCCCCCCACCACGUCCCCAGCCGUGCAACUCUUCGCCGGCACUGACCCGUGGAGGGAAGCGCGAGUCCAGCGUGAGCCCCAGGGCCGUGACGCAGCUCCCCGUGGCCAAGACGCGGCGGCCUCAGCACUCAAAAGCGGUCCCGCGCCACAACAGGGAUGAUGGCAUCAAGCCCGACAGGACCUACAGCGAUACAUGCAGCCACACGGACCCGAGUGGCCUUGAGGACGAGGAGGGCUUCUGUGACGAUGAGAGGCGUGCGCUGGACCGUACGGCGGUGCACGAGGACUCGGGCCUGGGCUCCAGCGUCACUAACGACAGCAAGGUGUCCCGUGAGGCAGGCGACGAGGGGUUGGAUGCUCCGGGCAGCUCUGUCAGAAGUUGCCCGGGAUCAGACGCGAGCGUGGUGGCGUGGUCCCAAACAUCCAUGGACUUGGACGACUCUCCCUUCCUGCCGGCUGUGACGAGCAGCUGGAAGCGAGACGAGGACUCUGCGGAUUCGGCGAAAUCCCGCCGACAUAACUUUGCUGCAGGGGAGCGUAACACCCUGGAUGAACUUUUGGGCAAAAAGGCAGAGGCCGUCGACAGCGGCGUGGGCAAGGGGACAGAAUGUGGUGGUACCGUGGACACGCGGCGACUGGAUGUGUCCGGCCAUGUUGCCCUCCCCAACGCCAGCUUGUUCUCGCCAACUACGGAGAAACGAGACUCUGGAAUCGGACUCACGCCGAACUCCUCCAUCCUCGACUACGACGACGGCGACACGAGCGGCCGCGACUGUCUGGAUGGUGCCCGCGCCUCGACGUCGCUCUCGCCGCGAUUCCUGAAGACGCCGCAGCCAAACCGCAGGGGCCGCGAGCGCGGCGCCAGUUCCGUGUUCCGCACGCCAGUGACGGCGCUCACGCGCACGUUCAACCUGGACCUGUCAUCCCCCAGCGGCUUGUGGUGCUCUCCCUUACUGGGCGACAAGGACGCGGUGCCAUGUUCUCCUGUGGUGGACGACGACAGCAGCUUUCGCUGCGUUUUCUCGGAAAGGCGCUGCAUCGUUACGGAGGGCGGCAGCGACGCGGAUGAGCGCAGCCUGGACAGCUCGGGCGACGACCUGACGCCGGACCUGUGGCAACGUAGCCGCAGACUCGGCCGCUUGCAGCGCCUCUCUACCAUCCGCGAGGCCGGCUCCCAGUCGGACGUCGAUGACGGCCGGGCCAACGUACAGGUGGCGCGGCACGCGAAGGAGGCGGCGGCGGCGGUGUCCGGCUCACCGAGCUGCCAUCGAGUGGUGAACACGCGCAGCCAGCAGAGGAUGGUCACAGCGAGAGAUGGCGUCAAAGGUGCCUUGAGAAACGCCGCCGUGCACACGCCGCCCCCGUGCGUGUCGCGUGAUGCCACGCCACCGCCCGCUGGGAUGGUGAGCGCCGAUGCGGUGCUCACGCCCGCCCUGAGGCUGCAGCAGGAAGUGGCGUGGCGGUUCCGUCAGGGCCUGCAGGAGACCACGCCUGUGGGGGCUUCGGAUCGAGCAUCGACGUCAGCGUGGAGGCACAGCCCCGCGCAGCUCAAUGACGUGAUGAAGCAGGCGCUCGCAUCCGUGCCCGUCGCCCUGAGGGAGAGCCCCUCGCUCAAGCAACUCAUUGGACGUAAGAUGGGCUGCAAGUCUCUCGACAUAAUCGCCGCGCUGGAGGAGAAGGGCCUCAAGCGCGUGGUGUGCCAGCUGCUUGGGUACCUGUCGGCGGCGGACCAUGACAGGUUGCGCAAAGUGAGCGCAGUGUGGCGCGCUGUCGUGGACCGGGAGCGGGCGCUGAGGCUCUUGCCAGAGGAGGAGACUCCCAAAUCAGUGCCCGUGAUCUGGCACAAGGAGAACGAGCUCAACCCGUCGGCGGGCGAGGACGUGGCCGGCACACGUUGGCACCAGGCGGUGCGGCCCGUGCUGUCGGCGGUGCAGUGCAUAGGCGUGAACGCGGCGACAGUGCCCAGGGGCAGUCCCUUGGCACCGUCCGGUCAAAGCCUCGCGACACCAUCGCCCACGAAUAGGCAGGCAGCGAGCAGCAGAGCAAGCAGCCAGCACGAGCGCUUCAUGGCGGUGGGCCGCACGCUCAACAGCGACGAGUUGCUGCGCAAGUGCCCGCGCUGCCAGUCUCCGGCGCGCUUGCGCUGCGCGGAGGAGCGGGCGGUGUGCACGCGGGAGUCGUGCGCGUACGACUUCUGCGCAAUCUGCCAGUGCCUGUGGCACGGGGCACGCCCGUGCAGUCCCGCGCAGACGGCUCGCCGGGGGCCGAUGGAGGCGCUGCCCGGCACCAAGCAGAGCAAGCGCAACCUAAGGCGGCUGUGACACAGGGCCUGGGGUUGGUGGUGGUGGGGAGGAGUAGAGCUGCCAACUCGACCGUUUUAUUUCUUCCACCGAGAGAUGUUUGAAUGCGCCACACCGGCUAUGGUCACAACCCCAGCCACCGCCACCACGCCCCCCCCCCCACCGCCCCCCAACCUGGAAACGCCUGUGGACACCUGAAGUCGACCAGGUUAGGUCUAUGGAUUCGGUGCCUGCGUCGCCUUGGUAUUGUUGGCCUCUCAACUAGGUCAUUGACUACUUUUAUCGAGGACUAGGUGAGAGAUUGAGAUGAAUGUCUCUAUUGCUAGUGUGACCUGAGUAAGCUACAUUAGUUUUGUUGUAUAUAUUUUUUAGUGUUCCCAGUUUUAUUGCAAAUUGUGGUGCAAUGUCAUGUGACGGAGUAUCCAUUCGUUAUUCAGAGCAGUGCCUAUGUAUGUAUGUAUGUUGAACUUCUUUCGCACCGUACGUAGCCAACCAUUGGGGAAGGACGACUAACUAAAUACAAAAAGCAGUCCUAAAGGAAUGAGUUUUACAUUUAGAAAUGAAAGAACAUAGGAUCCAGCUGCUUGUGAGAUCCCUUCAAUUGAUGAUCUCGCCACACAACCAGCACGCACAACACUUCUUUAUCGCACGUUCUGCUGUAGAGAUGUUCAUCGUAUGCCGAUCAAACCGAAAUGUUUAAUUCUCAGAGCUGGAAAUUUGGAAAAUUACGUGAAAAGCCAAAUAUAAUGAUGGUUUUCGUGCAGUCAUUGGUGGCUGGCUGAGACCCAUCGGCUGGCUGCACAUGAGAGUCCAGUUUAAUCAUUGGGUGGUUGGAACUUCCGUUUCAAAUCCACAAUCAGUAAUACCGGCUGCAAUACUACAACCAUCCCAGCUACCUCCAAGGGAGUCACCAUUGAGUGGCACAAAAAACUAGUUUAUUGGGGUACUGUAGUGAAACAUUUGCUUGACAACUGCACCAAAUAGUACCUGGCGGAGAUCUGAUGAAAACAGGGGUUCUUCUAUAUCCUGGUGCUUAUUUUAGGAGGACGAAACCUUCAUUUAACUUUUUUUAGCGAAGUUAUGGGAGAAAAAUUGUAAAUUAUUUUUUUGGGUCAACCGGAUGAUGAGAGAACCCCCCAUGCCUAAGUGGGUAUUUGGGCAUCUAUAUUCAACGUUUGAAAAGGUUAAUAUGCCCAAAGUCUUAGUUCAGGAAACAAUGGAUCUUGGAUAUGCCAACAACGGUUGGAAUGGAAAAAUGCUACAACCAUGAAAUUAGUGCAUCCUCCUCAUAAACGCAGUCUUUAUCAAUGAAUUGGACUUGAGGAAACACAAAUGGCACGUUGAUAAUAUUACAAACUUCCACAAAUAACCUAAGAGGUAUGAAUGCGUCAUCUCGUUAUUAUUGCGAUGCAAAAAUCCAACCAGUACGUGAUCAUGGACUGGUUUCAUUGCUCCAUCUCCUCCAAGGUUAUCUCCCUCGGACCCUUUUCCUAUUUCUUGGUUGUUAAUACAUUCCUAUUCUUGACCAUUGUUCAUUAUCCUUUUGAGCAAAGUGUCAAGCCUGCUCAAGUCCACAUUCUCAAUAGUUUGGCUAAUGUCAUUAGCUUGGCAUAUGUUCUCUCAUCCCCGUGCUCCCCUUUCUGGCUCCCGAUGUAAGUUUAAGCAUGCAAAUCGGUUAUGCAGUUAUGUUUUCGAUUCGCUCAAGGUAACAUGGAUCGUUUCUUGUACACUGUGCCUUCACCAUUAUAAUGCGAGUGUCGGUGCGGCAAUUUUAAAGGCGGCUAUGUGAGUUGUUAGAAGCUUAGGAAUUUGCCCUUCCUAGCCGGCCCACGGCUGUCCUUCGUAAUAACCACUGACAUGUCAUUUAAACAAAUAAUUAUACCUGCACCCCUCCAUCACUCUGGCUCAAGGCAAUGCGAAUGCUCGGCCUCACUGCUUUUUCAUACAAUGUGUUAACUUACCUGUGCUAUGCAUUAUAUGCUGUACAUAUCAGAUUAUGAUGGCAAACGCGGUUAAAUGAAGUGAAUGCCAAGGGCUCAUGAAUUUCGAUUCGACCUAUGAGAUGGUCACCUCCUUUCGCCAAAUAGGUUCAGAAGGUGGCAUUUUCAGGAAGAAGAAGAAACGAGGCCUUGUGGUCUAACGAACGUGAAUAUAAUGUGAAUCGCAGGCUGCGUGUGUACGCACGCGCCCGUGUCUCUCCUGCUCCCAUCGCGUGGCUCGGGAUGGAGUCGGAUUUUAAAGCGCAUCGCUGAAGAAUUCCUGGCGCCGACGUGCGGAGGGGAAGUUGGCCGUGUCGUCGCGAAUGCGUUGGGCAGCUGGCGCCUCGUUUGCACUGGAAAAUAGACUGCACAUCUGUCGGCGCUGUAUUGCUGAUGCUCGCGGGAUGACAAAUACUGCACGACCACGAUCGCGAUCGACAAACGGCGCCUUUGCGCGAAGCGUUACGCGGAAUGGAACGGUGCUAACAUGGCUGUCGUUUCCGGCGUGUCUCCUUCGAGCACGGAGGAACAUUGGGAACGUUUGCCAUCUUGCCACUGAAUACCGUCACUUUAUUAGGAAGAAUUUGUUGAUUGCAGUCGUUGAAGUGUUCUCUGUCAUUGCCUCAAGGCCAGUUGGUGGGUUGGCGGCAGUUGAUGAGAUGUUAUGAGGUUAAGAAACUUAACGGUGGCCACCCGCUUGGCACGGUGUUAAUCACGGUCGUGCAAAGCAGUUGUCGUGAUUACCCAGCGGUAGCUGGCGAUAAUCUCCUUAAGAGCCAGCUGCUGUCACAGUAUACAGGCUGCGGACACUGUGGACAAAGCGAGUGACACUGCACACGAUGUUACAAAUGUUCAAAGGGUGACGUUCUGAAGGGAGUUGACAUUCUGCGCCCUGUCUGUAGCAAUGAAGACUGACCAGCAUUGGAACUGAUGUGCGUGUAUACAGCACUGUUUUGGCAAUCCCUAUGUAAAUCGCAGCGAGCGUCACCCGAUGUGCUUAGGAUAAGGAUGACACGUGCAUUAAUGCUUUAUGUAUAUAAGCCUGCAAUCGUAUUCGCAUGUACGGUGUAAACUUGAACGUUUGUAUAUGCCUAGUUAGUGUUUGUAAAGGUUUUUCUUCUGAGUUUUUGGUUAAUCUGGAUCAUCUGGUUUCUGUCGAUCGAGAGGGGUCACACGCGCAGCUUAAUUUUCCCAAGGUCUUGUUUACAAUUUGAACGCAAAUUUUAAUCCCAUAGUCCACAUUUAAACGAAUAUUUAUGUGAUCAAGAUGCUGUGAAUGGCCCAGUGCCUCCCACGUAGUUACUGCAACAGUAACAACUAUAAAGCCCCAUUUUAACCAUUAAAUAUCGCCAAUUGUUUUAUUGUUAAUGUCCACACCAUGGCUCAGAAUAACGGAUUAGUCAUUUUAAUCUGUUAGUUUUUUGCUUAUUGAAUAGUAUUCCCUCUCUGAACCGUUCCGGAGAUGCUGGUGAAUAGCAAAUGUGGCGGAGAAUGAAAACCUAUCAUUUUAAUUAAUGACCUUAAAUAAUCAAUCUCGUCACUUUAUCACAUUCUUCCUCGGUCACUUGAUCUCAUCACUUUGUCUCGAUGCAGUCGUGCAGCGUUCCAGAUGCGAUUCAACGGAUAGCCCAAAGUCACGGACAACAUUCGUGAAUAGCGAGGGAAUGCUGUGUUUAAUGUUGUAGAGUCGACUUCUGACAUUCCUUUUGCCAUGUGCCUUAUACGCGUGUGUGUCUGAGACGGGCAGUUUUCCAUCUACAGCCUGCAUCUCUGGCUUGCCAGGUUGACCGACCCUUGUUCUGCUUUGGCUCGCCCCACUCGGCCUUUUACGUGAAAGACCGUGACAAACACUUUCAAGUGAAACCGUUUAUAAUAGUUGUAAAAUUAUAUUGCCCACCAACCCUGCGGUCGGUCAGAGCUUUGCAGCAUUUGAGAAAUAAGUAAGUUUGUAACCUUUUUCUAUGCAAUGAUUAGUCCUAUUGGUUGCAAUAAACUUGCUUAGUUCUCUUAAUCUAAAAUGGAUCUGGAGGCAUGGCUUUGGACUUUAUUUUAAUGGUUGGAUUUGAAGCUGAAAAACUGCGAGUAUGAGAGGGCCACUCGUGACACGUGGUGAAUGUAUUUUGUAUAUUUUUUACAAUCACUUUUUUAAUGUGUUCUUUGUGUUGCCGUGAAUGCUUAAAGAAAUCCGAGUGAAGGUUUUUUUUAAUGAAUUUAUGACGUGUGAUAUUGUACCUUAAUUUACAGCGUGCAGUUUUA